AUGCGGGUGGUCGGUCGAACGGACUGCACGAAAGCCAUUAGUGUGAGUUAUGUGACUGACCAAACGCAAAGAAGCAGCUGCGGUCUGCCGUUCCGCAGCGCAUUACAGAAGAUUCGUAAUCCGCCUACGAUUGUGGUGCCUCCCAACCCGUACAAGGAUAUUACACGACUGGAAGAGAACGCUUACUACUUGUGCGAAUUUCGCCAGAUUCCAGCAUGCUGA